AUGAAAAUCUUUGGCCCAUCGCGAAUUCGGAACAUAGCAGGUUUGGUACAUCAAGAAUUUAAAAAGAUUACAGACCCUACCAAAGUCAGGGAAAAUAUUUGUGAUAUUGUGCAAACACAUGUUGAGCCAGCAAAAGGAGAUUUAAUGCAUUUGGAAUUAAAAGAUCCGAAACUUAAAUUCGAGAUCUUAAGAGAUUGUACAAUGAUAAUAGGAAAAAGGAUUCCUAACCUUGAACUUAAUAACAUCAAUACAGUUAAAGAUGCUGUUGAUUUUUUUAUUAGAGAAGAACAACCUGAUCAAAGAAAAGGUCAUCCCGUAGCAGAAUGGUUUAUAAAACAUAAAGAUGAGUUGCCUCCAAAUAUGAUAUUUAUUCCAUACGAAAAAGAAAGAGGUAUAAAAAGAGAAGAUCGAUCCAAAGGACCGAAAAAAUCAAGAUUUGAAAGGCAAAAAAUCAGCUAUUAA